AUGAGAACUAGAGUCUUUGCGUGUUGCAUUCUAGUUGGAAUAUGGUUUGUGUUGCUGUUUAUAAAAAUCAAGAUCAUUCCAAAAACCGCAAUCAUUAGUCAAAAUCAAAAGCGAUACGUCAUUUCCCACGUUGUUCCCAAAUACCAAGAGACUUACAAGAAUCUUAUUAAUUCUGGAAUGCUCGACAGUAGUAAAUUUAGUUUUGCGAAGUCCAGUUCAAAAUAUGGGCAAGCGGAUUAUCAGCAAACACCAGAUAACAAUUCGAGCAAUACAGGGAGUACGAACACUCGUGGUGAAACUACAGCAGAGAAGAAAGAAGAAAAGUUCUAUCCGUUUGUUUCCAUUGAGGAAAUCAUCCGUAAUGGGAGUGUGAUUCGCCCUGAACUAUUUCCACCACCUCCAGUCAAUUCAAUUCGAUACGAAUGGGGCAAUACGACGUGUGACACCGUGAAGGGCACAAUCACUUCCUCAGCGAAAGACGUUUUGAAUCGAAAGUUAAUCAUUCCUGCUCAGCUCCAUCAGCCGCCAUGGGCUACUUUUGAGAAAAAGAAACGCGAGAACUUCUGUCUGGAAAACAACACCAAUCAAUUACACAUUUACACGAACAAUUACACACACUAUCUUUACCUAAACAGGAGCACGCCCAAACUGCGGAUUCCGCACGACGUGUCGAACUAUCGCCACGCUCUCCGCGUGUUUGUGCACUACGGAGACAUUCCUUCCAAUCGAACCAUUCUCGAGAACUUGUACGUCAUCAUCAAUCGAGGCUGGAACAACAUGUACCACCACUCCGAAACAGCCAUCCAGCUCGUUCGUUAUGCCAUGUAUGCUUCGAAUUUGCCUCCUGUGGGCGCUAUGAACAAUCUUGUUUUGUUUCCGGAUAUUGAUUGGAUCAAUCACCACACACACGAUUUUAAGUUCCAUUAUCGAUUUGGACGAAACUACUUUGAUCUCGUUUUGGAUACCUUCCGAAAGGAAUUGAAUGGGAAGGAUAUGAUGCCUCACCUAUUCGAGAAGAAGGAGUACAGAGACGCAGGAAGCGUCGUGAUCAUUCCGAUUGUUACGGAUAUGGACAAAUGCUUCCUGGACAAAAAGGAAGCGAAUCAAAUCCGAAUGCUGGCUUACAAGCGAUACAAACCCUAUCUUCCCACCACGUCUCCGUCCAAGCUCGCGCUCCGUUUCGUGGAUCGAAACACAGCAAACCGCGGGAUCAAAAACGUUGAGGAAAUCGUCGAGUUGCUGAAGAAUCAGAACGGGACGGAGUUCACGAGGCAGGUGAGUCAGCAAAUGUCGUUUGCGGAGCAAGUGAUCUCCAUGUUUUCGAUCGAUAUUUUGUUUUCGGUGCACGGAGCAGGCCUCACGUCCGUGGUGUUCAUGCUGCCUGGAAGUGCCGUGCUGGAGAUCUUCCCUCCUAUGUUCCGGAAACCGUAUUAUAUGAUGGUGAGUCGAGCAUCGGGCGUCGUGUAUCGUCGAAUUUCGGAGACUCGGAUCAUCAACAAAAGUGACUAUAGGAACAUUCAGCGUAUGAUUGACUUAACGAACAAAGUGUUUUAUUUACCGCCUCAUUUAGUGACUGCAAAAAUGGAGGAACUCAUUCCGAUAGUGUGGGAAAAGAAGUACUCCAGAGUAACGUGUUGGCUUGUUUGUUGA